GAGCAUACACACUAUUCAUAUACAUCGCACACACGUACACCACGCGUGACGCGACGAUUGCAAACGAUGUUUCGCACGUGCGUAUUCGAUUACUGCGCUAUCGCGCGAAUACUGGCGAUACUAGUGUAGUGGUAAUCGGUGGGUAAUCGAACAGCCGAUCACAUUAGAUCUGCAAGGAACUUGGCGAAUGUAUGAUGAGGGGCGGUUAGAGGACGGGAGAGACGGAGCGAAUUAAAACUGUGAGACGAGAAUUCACACGCAUCGUACUAGUUGUUAACCUCCCGAGCAAAUUCUGUACUGUGAAAUUCAUCCAACCGUCUCGAAAACUCACAAAAAGAAUUAUUUUCUUUUAUUACACGAAAAUUAUAUCCGGCCGAAAGCUCAAUUCUAUGAGUAAUUAAUAUUUAAUCUCGAAACAAUGUUUUCUACUUAUCGAUCCAAUGAGAAAUUAAUAGACGUCUUGUGAUGGAAGCAAAGGAAGAAGAAAUGAUCAUACCUAAGAUAACCAUUACUCUUAACUUAAUCUCAAUAUAAUCUACCUGAUUAUUUAUGCCUGUGUUGGUGAAUUGAUGGCUGUAUACUGGGGAACUGUAUGAAGAAUAUAUAUAUAAUGGAUAAAAUGAGUAGCCAAUUAAAUAUAACAGUUAGACCUGAUGUAAGAUUGGACACAAAGUGGUUAAAGACUGACUUACAACGAUUCCUUUACCGUGAUGGAUUGGCAGAGUUGUGGAAUGAGAUGGUGCGGGAUGGAGAAAUUGUUGGUUCCUUCAGUGAUGGCCUGAUCAAUUCUGCAGGAAUUGUAGCAAAAAAGGGUGAUAAUGGACGGUAUUAUUGCGGUAUGAGAGUAUUAUCUUGUCUAUGCUGUGAUGGAAUCUGUGGUCCACAACAUGGUUGUAAUUGUAUUCCUUGCCAAAAACUUGAUGAAGAAGAAGCGGCAAGAACAACAGCAAUGGUUGAGAAAACUAUACCUGCCCGGCGGAUAAUAGAUUCGUGGCUUUGGGGGCCACCACCAUCAUUAGUUGACUUAAGAGGUUGUAUCGACUUGUCAAUAAAAGAGCAGCGGAAGCUAUGUUGCGAAGUUGCAAAUAGUACAUUAUCUGCAACGCGUUUGAGACAACGAUUAAUAGUUGCUCGAAGAUACUUUACCGCCUUGUCACGUCAUAAACCACAAGAGAUUAAGGAUACCUCGAAUUUACCAAAGCCUAUCGGAAAAUUACAGAAAACGCCGAGACCUAAUGAAAAAGCGACCCUAGGAUUAGCGCGUGUCGGUUCACGUGCCGCACUCAAUUUUUCAUUUGCGUACUUGAGAAGAGCUUGGCGAUCCGGAGAGGACGUCGAAUUCUGUAGCGAAUUACUAACCGAGUCAUUGGAGGCGUUGCAAUCAUUACCCGAGGCGACUCUUUUCGACGAGAGUAACGUUUCUCAAAUCUGGUUAGAAGUCGUAGAAAGAUCGGCUAAAUUUUUGAGACAAGUUGUCACUGGGGAGGUAACCACCGGACGAUCGUGGCGUCCUGUGCCAUUGUCGGAUCAGCAUACGGCACUCUGCCUUUUACUGGAGCUGGUCGCGCAGAGAGCCACCCUUUCUAGUUUAUUGGACUCUGUGGUUUUGUUGCUGCACCUCAGUAAUAAACAUAAGAAUCAAGAUAACAGAGUGACACCACCUGGGAGUACGGCGCCGCUAGUUCCGCUGUUACGACGAUUGAACAUGAUUCCAGCGACGAAGUCUCGCCGACAUCUUGAUGGGAACGUUACACCGGGACCCUGCGAAGUUUUAUUGAAGUAUCUACGACUGCCAGAUGACGACGCCGUGUCCGUCGACUUGAGAAAAGCUGCCGUUAUCAUAAUGUGCAACCUCAGUAGAUUGGCUGCUCCUCUUUUACCACCCGUUAGCACUGAAUGCGGAUUUCCGAGGAACGGAGGCGGCGGACAGACAUACCAGGAGGUAUUAGCUUGGGGUGGUGUGAAGUUCGGUAACGGUUCCUCUCCGUUUUACUGUGACGCGAUCGCCGAGCUGGGGAUAAAGCACUUGUGCUGUACCGAACGAGCGUUAUUGAUAUUAUCCUUGAGCGGGAAUGUUUACAUCAUGUACUACGGAUCAGAGACUCAGUAUCCGCAGAGGAUGCACAGUUUCUCUGAUAAGCCGGUAACGAUGAUCGCGUCUCACUCGGACGGCAAGCAUUAUUUAGCAUUGACGCAAGACGGUUGCGUGUACUCCUGGGGAAAUGGAGACGGCGGUAGACUCGGACACGGCGACAACAUCUCACAUGACGAACCGAAGCUGAUCGAGACGCUUCUGGAGAAAAAUAUCAUUUUCAUAGCUUGCGGCAGCACAUACUCGGCGGCGUUGAGUGCCAGCGGUGAAUUGUACACAUGGGGAAGAGGAAAUUACGGCAGAUUGGGCCACGGUAGCAACGACGACGUCACCGUACCGACCUUGGUGACGACGCUCAAGGGUCACAUGGUUGUGCACGUGGCGUGCGGUAGCGGUGAUUCUCAAACCCUGUGUGUCACCGCUUCCGGCAUCGUCUUCUCUUGGGGCGACGGCGAUUACGGGAAACUAGGCCGUGGUGGAUCCGAUGGUUCUAAAACGCCGAAGAUCGUCGACAAGCUGUUGGACAUCAAUGUGGUGAGAGUGUUCUGCGGCGGUCAGUUUUCCGCAGCGUUGACGGCUCGUGGAGAAGUGUACACGUGGGGCAAAGGAGACGCUUAUCGUUUGGGCCACGGUAACGAAGAGCACGUUAGGUAUCCCAAACUGAUCGAAUCAUUAAGAGACAAAAAGAUCAAGGAUCUCUCUGUCGGAGGUACGCAUAUACUAGCAUUAACAGAGGAUCAAUUCGUCUACGGAUGGGGCAGAAACGAUUACGGUCAGAUCGAUCCUACGUUGGGUCCUGUUGUUUCCGAGCCUUCUCUGUGUCCUACGUUAUCCUCGAAGAACGUCAUCGGUCUAGCAUCAGGACCGACCCAAAGUUUCGCCUGGUGCAUGUCAGCAUGGUCAGGCGGUGCCAAUAGAGUGGCUUUCGUCGUGGACAUAUGCGAGGAGACGUUUCAGCUGCUCGACACGCUUCUGGCUAAGUCCUGCGAAGGUCUUCCUGGCAUCCGGCCGCCCACGCAGGACCGUGAGUGCCUAGCGGUGGCUACGCUGAAUUUGCUGCGUCUGCAACUGCACACCAUGCUGACGCACAAUAUCGACGCCAAGUCGGUCGGGCUUGCCGCCACUAGCACGUUGCUGAAUUCUUUGAAGCAACGUUGCGUGAAUCUGGCAAGCGCGACCGGGAUCUUAGCGACGAUACAGGAAGCGGCGCAAGCGGUCCUGCAAACCGGCUGGAGCAUACUACUGCCGACGGCGAAUGAGCGCGCGAAAACGUUGUCCAGCUUUCUACCGAACACUCUCAACAACGCGGAGCAAUCCAGUUCAGCGAACAACAAUGGCCAACGGUUUAUGGCCGAUUUAUUGGUGUCUAGUCUCAUGGCGGACGGUGGUUUGGAGUUGGCGCUGAAGGCCGCGAUCAAGGCCGAAAUCGCGGACAUGCCGGAUGAGAAGGACUUUCUAAUCGACGUCGACACGUCGAACGUCGUGAAGGUGAAGAGCGAGACGAGGCAGGCAAUGAAGGACGGCUUCAAUUCCGGCAAGAAUAUCACGACUAUCUCGUUGCUGCAACUUAUACAGCAACUGAUACGAAAUGGUACGUGCAUCACGCAGUCCAGACUGCAGCAAGGUUCGUCACAGCUACACGCCGACCGGAACGAGCAUUUGCGCCGAUUUGACAACUCGCCCAGCCUAAAUCUCCUGCUGCGUUUUCAACGUCUGUUGAUCGCGCAGGUGUAUGAGUGCAUCGCGCGCAAGUCGCGCACCGAAGAUCUGCACGAUCAGGAAAUGAUAGGCGCGGAGUCGCUGUUGCAGAAGUACAUCGCGCAAAUCUGCGAUCACGCGACCGAGACACUGCCAUUAGCGGCCGAGAUAGGCGGCCGUUCCGUCAAGGACUUCGUCUCGGUCGCCAGCGUGCUGAAGGGCGACAUUAUCAACGUGCUGCUGUCCGAGCUAAUAAUAUGUCUGAUACUGCUGCAAGUAGACUGUCCCAUGUUGCUGAUCGAUAUGAACUGGAUGGAGGUGAUCGCACCGAUAUUGGACGCGUUGGAUUACUUCGUCCGAUUAGCACCGACGAUGGAGAAGAACGAGGCGGACGACCUGUCGUGGCCGGGCAUUAUCGCGCCCCAACACGGCAAUAAGAUAUCCACUCAUGAGGAGCCGCCGCUGAUACGCUGGGCAGAUCUGGAGAAUCACAAUCGCGACGGUGGUCUCUGGGUCGUGGUGAACAACAACGUUUAUGACAUACAAGACAUCAGGCACGAGGGCACUUGGUCUCCUUACGAGGUAUUGCAGAGAUACAUCGGACGGGACGAGAGCACAACGCAAUCCAGCGCGCCUUACGGCCAGUUGUCGCCACCUCGAGGUAUGAUGGACUCUUGCUUCGUCGGUCAUUACUCCCAAACUGAACCCGACGAGAAUGCACGCAUCACAAUCGAAAUGACUGACGUUUGCUCGUCUCUUCUGGACACAGAGAGGGCUUUGGGAUUUUUGCUGGGAUUACACGCUUACAGAAUGCGUCAAAGUCUAACGCUGCAAUCAGCAGAGGAGGAAGCCGGCGUGUGGCUCAGCGCGAGUUUCUUGCGUGGUGGCUUACAAGUUCUGCAACCGCCGAAUCCGUACGAGGAGGAGAAGGACGAGGCAAGAAGCAACACGUCGACCGCCGCCAAUUCGCCCACGGAACCGCCGUUGCCGAUACACACGAAGAACGAGCAGCAGAAGGAGAACGACGAUCGGACGGUUGCAUUUAUACAGGCAUUAGCGGAGACGCACAAGGCCGACGAUCAUGUGCGUGCAUUCUUGACGAUAAUCGACCGGCAUCAAAAGGCCGACAAUGUGUUCUCGCAUGCCGACUUCUAUGUCGAUCAUCCCGUCGAGGAGAUCGGUCGCGCUUUAUUAGCUGUGAUUAUAAAACACCUCGGAUUAGGCCAACAAGCGCUCGCGUUAGCCGAAGAGGAGCUGAGAGCCGCCAACAGCGUGAAAUUAACUGCCCCGUUAGCCGACAUAAUGCGAGCGGUUUACCAAGCCAAGUGGAACCUGGUGCGGACUAGACAGCAACAGAACAGAAGUUACAAGGAAGUUUGCGCCCCCGCGCAAGAGAGGUGCAAAUUUCUUUUGUACGAAGUGAGAUCCGCAAUGAGCUACGAGGUGAAAGGAUUCGAGGAUCUUGAGCUCCUACACGUCGAUUCCAGAUUUAAGAGAGCUGUUCGCACAGUGAUUGCAGAUAUUCGAAAGAACAAAGCCUCGCCGGGAGGUGGCGGCAAGCCGGAGGACAUUUUGAACGCGUCGAUACAGAAUGCCAAAGCGAAGAACAAAACGGACGAGGACACGACGGCCUCUUCCAAGGAAAGCCUGACUGCUGCCUCUUCCUCGUCUGCGAAAUUGGAGGAUAUCUCGGAUAUUAAGAAUAAAAUUAUGCAGAUGACCGAGAAGAUCCGCUGCGGGCCGAUACAAUGGGCCACUGGCGAUUACAACAGCCUGACGACGAACAUCAUCAAUUUCGUCAUGAAUAACGGCCUCGGUGGCGACGUCGAGACGCUGCGUCGCGCGAUGUACUGUCAGAUGCAGCGCGCCAGAGUGCGGGAACAGGGUAUCUCGAUGAUGCGCGAGUUGUUGAAGAAAGAUUAUCUGAUCACGUCGGUGAAGUAUUCCUUACUGAACGGCUGGCUAGGUUUGACAUACGAGAACAAGUCGCUUAGCGACGGGAUCAUGCACUGUCUGUACGAUAUACAAUUGACGACUCCUUAUCAAAAGUCCAAGGUCAUCCUGGCGGAAGCCGAGGUGAUCUCGUGGGCGGUGCAGGCUUUACGAGCGUACAUAGUGCAGGCAGAGCAGCCGAACAAGCAGAAGAUCAGCGGAAAGAGCAGUUUGAAUCAAGGUACUUACACGUGGCUGCGGAAGUUACCGAGAGCACGGUUCUUGCUGACCAUCCUCGGUAUGCUGACCAACUAUCAAUGCGCCAACAAGAUCGGAUUGCUCAUCAACUCAGGUCUGUUAUCGAGUAUCUUGACUUUAUUACGGCAAAUCGGGCCUGCGAAUUUCUGCGAAGCUGCUGAAGACCAGGGACAGCAAGGCGGCGGUGGUGAAGCGUCGAGAAUAAAAACCGAGAUCACGGCGAUUUACGAGGACACCAUACAGAGAAGCAAGCCGCAGAGUGUUCAACUCAACGGUAUGGAGUUGGCGGCAUUGAUGAAGAUCGGCACCCGAGUUGUGCGAGGGAUCGAUUGGAAGUGGGGAGAUCAAGAUGGUCCACCGCCUGGCGAAGGUAGAGUGAUCGGUGAGCUUGGCGAAGACGGCUGGAUAAGGGUGCAGUGGGACAACGGGGCGACUAAUUCAUAUCGUAUGGGCAAGGAAGGCAAAUACGACCUGAAAUUAGCCGAGCCGCCGACUCCUCCUGACGACGACAGCGAUGAGAUCGACAGCGACUCUCCAAUUGACACGGAUAACCUGGAGAAUGUUAAUUCCCGUGGGCAAGAAUUGUAUCCGACCUGUUGUCUCAAGUCGGCGUCGAGGACCUUGCUACGAAUAAUCUUGCUUUCCUGCGGUAUAGAGGCAGACAAAGUAUCUGCGAUAUCCAUCAAAAUUCUGGCAUCCACGUUACACGGUAUAAUAUCCACCGCGAACAAAACCGGGGAGUUGAACACGUUUGUACAAUUAGCGAGACAACAUCAUGAAACUUGGGCCACUUUCGGCCUGUUGAGAGCAAUCGCGAGGUCCAAGCAGUUAUGUAAGUCUUUAAGUUCGCAGGCAUGGUUGGAUUUCUUGUUGAACAUUGUUGCGGACGAGACAAAACCCUGUCUCGAGAAGCAGAUCAUGGUGAUGAGACUACUCGCGGCUGUCUUACCCUCCUGGGCGGUGGAAAGAGACCUGAACGACAUGAGACAGUUGUUGGAGAGGACCUUUGAGAUAUUGGGUCAGGUAGCGCUCGCCUGUGAUAUCGCUCCUGGCGCCGAGUUGCAUUCGAACAAAUGUCGUAUGUCCCUAACCGCAUCAUACAGUUCCACCGUGGCGGAAGAAUUGAUAUGGCUCAUCAGACUUUUACACAGUCUUCCUGGCUGGAACGCGAUCAUCAAUCGAUUCCUCGCCUCCAAGUUAUCCUUGACGGCGGAGCUACUGAGCGACGGUCCGUUGAUUCAUAUACAGAUGAACGAGAACGACGGUGAGAACAGCCUGAAUAUCCAGAGGACGGUGAUGGCGACUCUCGUAGUCAUCGGCGGCUUAGACAAUAGAAUAAGAAUCGGAGGUCUGGUGAAUUACGAGAACGAGUUGGCUAUAGUCUGCAAAUUCACGAAACACUCGAAACUCGUUAUACAGCUGAGGGACGGUGGCAGAGCACGGAAAAUAGUCCCAUUUUACUCAGUGAAGCGGACAACCGAGAAAUUCCAACUGGACCGAAUGUCCUUGACGGAGCAACUGAUAUCCACCUGGGCCAGUCUACUCUUAGGCACUACUUCUGGCAUGGACAAACGGCCUGGCGGAAUGCCCGUGAUCGCUGGCGUCGUCAACGCCUCGAUAUUACGUACUCAACAGCAACAGCUCGCGGCCUUGAACGCUGGCAAAGCUAUGCUCGCCUAUCAAUCGAAAUUACGGAGGAUUCUUAAGUGUUCGCUCAAUAAUGACGUCAAUGAUGACGACCGGCAUAGCUCGAUGCUUCUGCAAGAGAUGUUGCUGCGCGCGACGAAACCACAACCACUGAAACCGAUAUUUAAACGUAGAGAAAUCGAAGAAGCCGCUUUAGCGGUCUCCCAGUACUUAGCGUCUGAGUUGAGACACACACCCAUUCAACGCACUACGAUGACCUCGGAUCCCACCACGCCUAUAUCCGAGUGCUCGUUGGUCUCGCUGACGUCGAGUCAGAAGAGACACUGCAAGACCGGCGCGGCCACGAGAAGAAGCUCCGUGGCGGCGCCUGUAAGUCCCCUGGUAGCUCAGUUAGUCGAGAUGGGUUUCCACAAGAAGAGCGUGGAGCUAGCAAUCAAGAGCCUCAGCGUCGGCGAGCAAGGUAGCGUGACAGCCGAGAGCGUGGUAGGCUGGCUGUUGGAGAAUCCGGACGCCGUUCUUAGCGACACGGAAACCUUGUCGAGUCCGGAAGGACUAACGGACAUCGACGACUCGAUCAGCGAGGACAUGGAUGACUCACCGUCCGCACAAGAAGCCGCAUCUACGAUGGGCGGUGCGCCACCACCAACGUACAUGAAGCGCUCAGACUUCUUAUCAGUGGACGAGUACGCGAUUUACGUGCGCGACAAUGUGGUGCCAGGUAUGCUGGUGCGAUGCUGCAAGAGCUAUGAAGAAGUGGAAUACGGGGACGUUGGUCAGGUAGUGAAGAUUGACCCGGAAGGAUUGCAUGAUUUAAACGCACAGGUUGCGUGGCAACGCAGAGGCAGCAUGUACUGGGUGCGAUUUAUUCAUAUAGAGUUGUUGGGUCACCCGCCGUCCUUACCGGGGCCGCCCGCGUUGAAGGUGGGCGACAAGGUUCGCGUGAAGGCGUCGGUGACCGUGCCGAAAUACAAAUGGGGUUCUGUAAACCAUCACAGCGUCGGUAUCAUCACGGAAAUCAUCAAUAACGGCAAAGAGGUGUACGUAGAUUUUCCGCAGCAGGUAGCGUGGACCGGCUGUGUCACGGAGAUGGAGAAGGUGCCGUCCUGCCAUCAUUCCGUUAUUUGCAAUUCGUGCUGUUUAUCACCUAUCUCUGGGCCCAGGUUUAAGUGCAAGUACUGCGAUAAUUAUAACUUAUGCGAGAAUUGUUUUUACACAAAGCGUUCGCAUCGACACGGUUUCAAUAGAAUAGCGGAGCCCGGCUCCGCCGCUGUUUACGCCGGCAAGCCCGGAAGGUACCACAGGCAAGAUCUAACGGAGCCGUCUCUGAUCGAAGACUGGUCCAAGUGCAUCAGGACUCUGAGUGUGUCCUCGCGAGAGAACUGGGCGACGCGACUGGUAGACGGUUCCGGCAAGUAUUGGCAGAGUUGCGGCUCGCAGGGUAAACAUUGGAUUCGUCUGGAAAUGUUACCCGGUAUCCUGAUACAUUUCCUGAAGAUCAUCGUGAAUCCGCAGGACAGCAGUUACAUGCCAUCCGUGGUGGCUGUCAAUGCGGGCGAUUCUUUUAUCAAUUUGACGGAAUUAACCACAAUAAGCGUGCGUCAUUCGGACACGAGCGUGACGCUGCUGCAAGAUAUGAAGGAAUAUUAUCCGUGCAUAGAGAUCGCAAUCAAGCAAUGUAGAAAUGGCGGUAUAGAUUGUAAGAUACAUGGUUUGCGCGUCGUCGGGCGCAAGAGAAUAUUCGAGAAUCAACUGACGACCUCGGUUUCUUUCCUUGCGUCGGAUUGGGAGGUUUUGCAAGAGCAAGUGACGGCGCAACGCAGUACUGAUGCGCCGCCGCAACAGUCGGCUGUCUAUGUGUGGGGUUUGAACGACAAAGAUCAAUUGGGGGGCUUGAAAGGAUCUAAAAUCAAGAUACCGGUCCGCAGUGAAGUGUUGUCGAAGUUGAAGCCUAUUCAUAUAGCCGGAGGCAGCAAAACUCUCUUCAUCGUUAGUCAAGAAGGCAAGUUGUACGCUUGCGGAGAAGGAACAAACGGCAGGUUGGGUUUAGGAGACGAUUACAACAUGUGCGAACCAAAACUUAUACCUUUCUUGAGUCAAUACGUGAUCAAGAAAGUGGCGGUGCAUUCAGGCGGAAAGCACGCGUUGGCGCUUACUCAGGACGGUAAGGUGUUUUCGUGGGGUGAAGGUGAAGACGGGAAACUGGGACACGGAAAUUGCACGACGCUGGACAAACCGCGACUGAUCGAGUCGCUUAAGUCGAAGAGAAUCCGCGACAUCGCGUGCGGUUCCGGUCAUUCGGCGGCUAUCGCGAGCAACGGUGAACUCUACACCUGGGGUCUAGGCGAAUACGGUAGAUUGGGGCACGGAGACACCGCCACGCAGAUGAAACCGAAGCUGGUGCAGGCGUUGAGCGGACAAAGGGUAGUUCAGGUAGCUUGUGGUAGCAGAGACGCGCAAACGAUGUCCUUGACAGCUGACGGUUGUGUAUACACCUGGGGGGAUGGAGAUUUCGGCAAGCUUGGACGAGGCGGAAGCGAUGGUUGUUACACACCCUUAUUGGUGGAUCGCCUAAAUGGUCUGGGAGUCGUCCAGGUGGAAUGCGGUGCGCAAUUUUCUCUCGCUCUGACGAAGUACGGUGAGGUGUGGACGUGGGGGAAAGGAGAUUACUUCCGUUUAGGUCAUGGUAACGAUCAUCACGUAAGGAAACCCACACUGGUCGAAGGUCUACGAGGGAAGAAGAUCGUUCAUGUAGCAGUCGGAGCGCUGCAUUGUCUCGCAGUUACAGACACUGGCCAAGUGUACGCAUGGGGUGACAACGAUCAUGGGCAACAAGGUAACGGCACCACGAUCGUCAACAGGAAACCGUCGUUGGUACAUGAACUGGACGAUACGAGAAUGAACAGAGUAUCUUGCGGCUCGAGUCACAGUAUUGCUUGGAUACUAGUAGAUCAGCCUACCAACGGUAAUCAGGAACCAGUCACAUUCCAAACAGCGAGGGAUCCGUUGGGUCAAAUGUGUUUGGGCUUGGGUAACGCGGCUGAACAGAACGGCGUCGUCGCCACGACUAGCAACGCUAUCGCCACUAGACCGUCGCUCGCUAGUAUAAUACUCUCAUUGGAGAGCAAUGUCGCCAAACAGCAAGCGUUGCAGCACGUGAUAAACGCUCUUCUCAUCAUGCAGGCACGCACGGCGAUAGUGACGGCCUUGCAGAGUCACUCGAUGUUGAGCGAUCGCGCCUCGGCGAAGCACACGCCGAUACCACCGGCGACCACGGAUAUGGUGGCACCACCGUCAGAGAGUGCCAUGACCUCGAGUACCGAGCAUGCGGUUUAUCAGAAUGUCGGUGACAUCGCGCAAGGUGGAGGUGAAGCUCCUGCGAACGUCGCUGAGGCAGUCAACGUGCCCACCAGCCCUAGAAUGACUCCUGAGUCCGAAGACUUCCCGUUGGCGAUGUUUCCGUCCAUGUCCAGUUCUAGCGUGUCAUCGCGUGCCUCGAAGAUGUCAACAGGCGCAAUGAGCGUAAUAGCAGCCACUUUAACAUCCAAUGCGCAGGUGGUGGGCGAAGGCGCUGCUACUGACUCCGGCUUGGACGAAUUCACGUCAGCAUUAACGGAGGACGACGCGAGAGUACUGGUGGACCUGUUGAAGUUGGCGGUUGCCAACAGAGUCUGCUCGUUCGCCAAGGAAACGAUCUCAUCUGUGCUGAUAGCUUUGGGCAAGGUCAACUGUACCAUCGGCAGCAUGCUGUUAGAGCAAUGCGUGACCGAGCUGGAGGACACCGCGGCGAACAGCAAUUGCGUGAACAACACUCCGCAGUCCGUGGUGCAGGAAACACCGCAUCCUUACAUAGACGACACCACGAUGACUGGUAACGUAAAGAUCCCCGGUGCUGAAGCAUUACGCGUGGAAUUCGACAGACAGUGUUCUACGGAGAAACGGCACGAUCCACUGACAAUAAUGGAUGGGAGCGGCCGAGUGGUGGCCGUGCGAUCCGGCAGAGAGUGGACCGAAUGGUCGUCGGACAUUAGAAUUCAAGGGGACGAGCUGAGGUGGCGGUUCUCCUCGGACGGAUCCGUCAACGGCUGGGGUUGGCGAUUCACAGUACACCCUGUUCUCACAACCCUCGCUCCGUAUGAGCUCGGCUCUGAUCGAGCGGUGUUAUCGCAGCCAACCAUAGCGGUAGCGGAGCAUCUUCUCAUGGACAACAGUCUGAUCAAUUCCGAUAGGAACGUCGCUUCCCGCUUGGCGACCGCUCUGGCUCAGUGUAGUCAACUGAGCACUUUGUCCGCGCAGCAGAGGAUGUGGGCGUUGAAGAAGUUGCAAGUGGUUUACACAAGCGGACCUGGAAUAAAGCCUGAAGUGGCGUUGUCGUCUUUGCUGGGCUCAUUGCCGCAAGCACUUCUCAGACAGUACUCUUAUGAGGAUCCUUUGGUCAGAGGCGGCAAGCAACUGAUGCACAGCGAUUUCUUCAAGGUUCUCGUGGCGCUCGCGUGCGAUCUCGAGUUGGACACCAUGCAAUGUUGCACCGAAGUGCACAAGUGGUCCUGGUUUCGCAGGUACUGCCUUGCUGCACGUGUUGCCAAGUCAUUGAUAGAUCGCACCGUGCUACCGAGAGCGUUCUGCUACGAGGUGACGAAGCAACUCAAUGAGAUGACAACGGACGGAGAUACGGAGUGUACUAAGGACCACGAGAACCAUAUUAUAUUCAAGCAAGAACACGACGAGCAAUUAUUGCAGUGGCUGAAUCGCAGACCAGAGGAUUGGACUUUGUCUUGGGACGGAUCUGGCGCGAUUUAUGGCUGGGGUCACAAUCAUAGAGGACAACUGGGAGGUUUAGAGGGCGCGAAAAUCAAGCUACCAGCACCGUGCGAGAGUCUGUCAGCGCUUAGACCGAUUCAAUUAGCUGGAGGUGAACAAACUCUCUUCGCAGUGACUGCCGAUGGAAAAGUUUAUUCCACAGGUUACGGUGCUGCGGGACGUCUAGGAAUAGGAGGAACAGAUUCCGUCAUGGUACCAACGUUGUUAGAAUCUAUACAACAUGUGUUCAUCAAAAAGGUGGCCGUGAAUUCGGGUGGGAAGCAUUGUCUCGCCUUGAGCUCAGAGGGUCACGUGUAUUCGUGGGGAGAAGGCGAUGACGGCAAGUUGGGACAUGGUAAUAGACUAUCGUACGAUCGACCAAAGUUGGUCGAGGAUUUGCUCGGCAUUGAGAUUGUGGACAUAGCUUGUGGCGGUCACCAUAGCGCUGCUAUCACGAGUGCUGGUUGGUUGUAUACCUGGGGGAAAGGACGAUACGGACGUCUCGGCCAUGGUGACAGCGACGAUCAGUUACGGCCGAAGGUGGUAGAAGCUUUGCAAGACUACAAGGUGAUCGAUGUGGCUUGUGGAAGCGGCGACGCGCAAACACUCUGCGUGACCGACGAUGAUAACGUGUGGAGUUGGGGUGACGGUGACUAUGGGAAGUUAGGAAGAGGCGGUAGUGACGGAUGCAAAGUUCCUUUGAAAAUAGAUUCAUUAGCCGGGCUUGGUGUAAUCAAAGUCGAGUGCGGCAGCCAGUUCUCCGUCGCCUUAACAAGAUCUGGAGCGGUUUAUACCUGGGGCAAGGGAGACUACCAUCGUUUGGGUCACGGUACGGAUGACCAUGUGCGAAGGCCACGAAAGGUAGCGGCAUUGCAAGGGAAGAAGAUCAUUUCGAUAGCGACGGGUUCGUUGCAUUGCGUCGCUUGUUCUGACAAAGGAGAAGUCUUCACUUGGGGCGACAAUGACGAGGGACAACUCGGCGACGGUACUACAAGCGCUCUGCAGAGACCACGGCUGGUACACGCGUUGCAGGGCAAGAAGAUCACGAGAGUCGCAUGCGGUAGUGCGCAUACAUUGGCUUGGAGCACGGCGAAAGCUACACAAAGCAGAAUGCCGGCGUCUGCACCUAUGGAGUACGAUCUAGUGAAAGAGAUACCAUUCUCGGUGCUGCGCAAUAGAUUGGUGUUGUUACAUCAUUUUGCCGAGCUUCUGUGUCCUGCUUUGGCGAUGUUUCCGACUACCGGGCCCACUGGACUGGACAAAUUGGGCCCUAUGCUUGUGUACACUAUAAAGGAAGCGACGUUCCGUAAAGUCGUACAAGCUACGAUGGUGAGAGAUCGUCAACACGGGCCUGUGAUCGAACUGAACAGGAUACAGGUGAAGAGGGCAAGGGGUAAAGGCGGAUACGCUGGACCGGACGGUAUCAAGUCUGUUUUCGGUCAGAUGGUGUCCAAAAUGUCUCUCUUAACGCAAGACGUAUUGUUUCUACCUCAUAGAGUAUGGAAAGUGAAAUUUGUUGGGGAAAGCGUCGAUGAUUGUGGUGGUGGUUACAGCGAAAGCAUAGCGGAGAUGUGCGACGAGUUGCAGAAUGGUUCCUUGCCAUUGCUUAUGCCCACACCAAAUGGUCGCGACGACAACGGCACAAAUCGCGACUGUUUCUUGUUAAAUUCCUUCUCCGAGUCGCAGCUGCACAUGACUAUGUUUCAAUUCUUGGGCAUCCUGAUGGGUAUCGCUAUAAGAACAGGCAGCCCGUUGAGCCUGAAUCUAGCUGAACCGGUUUGGAAGCAGCUCGCUGGCAUGCCUCUGACACCCUCGGACCUGACAGAGAUCGACCGGGACUACGUUCCCGGCUUGCUUUGUAUCCGAGAUAUGGAUCCGGACGAGAAAGUCUUUCAGACGUUAGAGAUGCCAUUCUCCACGCCGUCCGCGUCCGGACACGACGUUGUAUUAUCUAAUAGAUAUCUCAAAAUAACACCAGAAAACAGACACGAAUACGUGAGAUUGGCGCUAGAUUAUAGAUUACACGAAUUCGACGCUCAAGUAGCAGCCGUACGAGAAGGCUUAUCGAAAGUUGUUCCUGUGCCUCUCCUGGCAUUGUUUAGCGGUCCCGAACUCGAAACGAUGGUUUGCGGUAGUCCAGACAUACAAAUUAAUUUAUUGAAAUCUGUUGCAACAUACAAAGGUAUUGAACCAAGUGCACCGCUUAUUCAAUGGUUCUGGGACGUUAUGGAGGAAUUUUCCAAUCAAGAGCGAUCGCUUUUCCUUCGUUUUGUUUGGGGCAGAACACGUUUACCGCGCACAAUCGCAGAUUUUAGAGGCAGGGACUUCGUUUUACAAGUAAUGGAAAAGUACAACCCACCGGACCAGUUUCUUCCCGAAAGCUACACCUGCUUUUUCCUUCUGAAAAUGCCAAGAUAUUCAUGCAAAGCCAUUCUACGGCAAAAGCUAAAGUACGCGAUUCAUUUUUGUAAAAGUAUCGACACAGACGAGUACGCUCGAGUGCAAGCGGCGACUAAUUCAGACACGGACGAUACAGAUAGCUUAGCGAGCGAAGAGCACACGUCACUUUAAACUGGAGUUCGGAAAAGAAACUUAUGUGAUCUGACACACCUAUAUUAGUAUAUUCGUAUCAUAUAAACCGCGCACGGCAACAUACAACCGCGUCAUACGGCACGUAAUCACGCAUGGAUACUUGCGUUGCAAAUAUAAUGCAAAUAUAAUGCAAGUAAAUGCAUUUUAAUUCUUCGACGGUUUCUUUUUUCUUGAAUUUAAAUUUCUCUGUGUUUUACCGGAGCUCGAGGAUCCGUAUGACGCGGAUACUCGCCAUAAGUCAAUUUCCAACAAGUAACAGACGACCGUGCGAGUAGUAACAUGUACUCAUUACCGAAGUGAAACAUUUCCGAGCUCUAUUUUGAAGUAGAACUCUCACUCGCUAAUCGAAGCGAUUACUUGUGUUUGAAGUGGCAUUUAGUUGACUUCUUUACGGAUGUGUUCACGGGUUCUCCACAAAGAAAAUCCUAUUUUUCUUACACAAUAUUUAUCACAUUGUGCAUAUACUUAAACGUAUGUACUGCUUUUGUAGCACAUGAUCAGUAUAUACUGUAUAGUAGACGGUAAUAACGAGAAGUGAAUAAACCAAUAAGUUAAACAGUU